CACAUCAGAGUGAAGCCUCUCUCUCUCUCUCUCCAUCAUCAUCAUCUUCUUCUUCUUCUUCGGAGCAUCUGGAGGAUGAGAGAUGGUGGGUCUGAGUGUUGUUUUAGAGGGUCAAAAGAGCGGGAGCAGCAGUAGCGUCCACAGCAAGAAAAGCCCACAAGUCAUCAACAAGGCCACCAUGUCCGUGGUGAUCAACGGCUCAUCCUCCUCUCCUUCUCCAAAACCCACAUCGUCAUCGCCAUUCUCUCGCAGGAAUUCUCAGCCUUUUAGCGCUUUCCCAGCGCUUGCUUUCUUGGACCAGUGUUAUCUCUGCAAGAACAAGCUCUUGCCAGGAAAGGACAUCUACAUGUACAAAGGAGACAGGGCAUUCUGUAGUGUGGAGUGUAGGUGCAGGCAAAUCUUCAUGGACGAGGAAGAGACGCUGAGGAAAGACAACUGCUCAAUGGCUGCCAUGAAUCCUCCAUCGUCGUCAUCUUCUUCUCCAUCUUCCCCUAGGCGCAGAAAAGGAGCCAGAAGCAAACCUGGUGGUUUUGCUUAUUGAGGGAGAGAGAGAGAGAAAUUUCUUCUGCCUUUUUUUCCUUUUUUUGGAGGGAUUUUUUUAAGUUUAAACUUUUUUUUUUAACCCUUUUGCCUUUAAUUUGUGGUGAAUUUCACAUUUCCUCCUCCUGUUUUUUUUUCUUGCCAUUUUGCUUCCUGGUAUGAAGCCAAAAGUGCCUCCUAACUUUUUCUGCCUCAACAUAUCUGUGAGCUCCUUUGUGUGAGCCCAUGGUUUGUGGUUGGUCUGACAUGGUGCAAUUGAGUGAAUGUGCUCUGCUCUG